CACCGCCCGGCGCCCCGCCCCCACGCACGCAAAAGCCGCUACCCUCCCCGAUUCGCCGCAACGCCUCGCCUGGUCUCCCUCCCAUCUCUCUCGCCAUUUCGCCAAGCUCCUCCUCCUCCUCCUCGCCGCGCGCCGAGAAGAAGAUGGGGAAGCGGUGGAUCCCUCUCGAGGCCAACCCCGACGUCAUGAACCAGUUCAUGUGGGGGCUGGGGGUCGCCGAAGGGGAGGCGCAGUUCUGCGACGUCUACGGCCUCGACGACGAGUUGCUCGCGAUGGUGCCCCAGCCCGUGCUCGCCGUCCUUUUCCUCUACCCGCUCACUUCGUUGGACGACGAGGAGGAGGAAUCGGGCGCUUCUGCCACUUCCACGGUUGGGGACAAGGACUUGAGCAAGAGGGUAUACUUUACGAAGCAGACUGUUGGCAACGCAUGUGGAACAGUUGGUGUCAUUCAUGCAAUAGGAAAUGCUGCAUCCAAACUCAAGCUGGUUGAAGGAUCUUAUUUUGAUAGGUUUUAUAAACAAACAGCUGAUAUGGAUCCAGUCCAGCGUGCUGCCUUUCUUGAGGAGGAUGAUGAGAUGGAGGAUGCUCAUUCUGUUGCUGCUUCAGCUGGUGACACUGAUGCUAACGUUGAGGUGAAUGAGCAUUUUGUAUGUUUCUCAUGUGUUGAUGGUGAACUUUAUGAGCUUGAUGGACGAAAAUCGCAACCAACAUGUCAUGGCCCUUCAUCACCAGAUACUUUGUUACAGGAUGCUGCAAAAGUUAUCAAAGCCAGAAUUUCGUCGAACCCUGACUCAAUGAACUUCAACGUGAUGGCUCUUUCUAAAGUUAUGUAAGAUAAAAUGAGCGUUAGACCUUUUCCUUUCCAUAGGCAUACAACGAAGGAAAAAAAGGGGGAGAAGAUACUACAGUUGAAUAAAAGUAGUUUGCUCUUUGCACAAGUUUUAGAUCAUAUGACCAAUGUGUUUGACUGAUAUAUUCACGUUUUGUUAAUCGAGAUAGGCUUAUCUCUGAUUU